CUGACCUUGCCAUUUGUUAUAGUGAAGACGCCGGAGGAAACUGAGGAGAGACUACUUGAAGUUGCUUACAGCUUUUGCAGAUAAAAAACAGUCCACAGAAGAAGAUUAUCAUAACAGAAGACGACUGGGUUAAACGGAAGACUUGAGGGAUAGAGGCAAGAAUAGAGGAGAAGAAACUUGGGGGAGUUGUGAGGUAGCCAGGCUGAGCUGACUUCUACCCCAGAGGAGGAGUUGCAGUUGCCGGCCAGGGCAGGUCCCGGAGCCGGCAGGGCUGGCCCUUCUGCUUCUCCACCUCUAUUCCUUCCUCCUUUUUACUCCUCCUUCUCCUCCCUUUUACCAUCUACCAAACUGCUGUGCAGUGAGGAACCUUCAGGCAGAGAGCGUUGAGCAACACAGGAAUGCUCAGAAAAUCCUGCCAACUAAACUUCAUUGCUGCAAUGGCAUCCUUUUCAGUAGCACGUUGCAAGGACCAGCUCCACUCACCCAAGAUGAGCCGCUGGCUGAAAUGCACUUCCAUGCACUUUAACACAGACUGGAACAAGUACGAUGAUCGGCUAAUGAAGGCCGUGGAACGCGGCGAAGUAGACAAGGUAGCCGCGGUUCUCGGCAAGAAGGGCAUCAUCCCCACCAAGCUUGAUGUGGAAGGGCGUUCAGCGUUUCAUUUGGCUGCAACACGAGGACACCUGGAGUGUCUUAAUCUCCUUCUGGGACACAAUGCUGAUGUCACUGCCACUGACGCCACAGGUAAAAAUGCUCUUCAUCUGGCUUCAAGAAAUGGACAUUCUAUAUGUGUGCAGAAACUGCUACAGCAUAAUUGUCCAGUUGGAAAUGUGGACCUACAAGGAAGAACGGCUCUACACGAUGCUGUAAUGGCAGGCUGCUCAUCCAGCGUGAAACUUCUCUGUGACAGCGGGGCCUCCGUGAACACCACUGACUUUGACGGCAGAACACCCCUGGUGCUGGCAACCCAGAUGUGUCAUUCUCGCAUCUGUCAGCUGCUGCUGGAGCGAGGGGCCGACAUCACCAUACGGGACAAGCAAAACAAGACCGCGCUGAUUCUGGGCUGUGAAUAUGGCUGCAAAGACGCUGUGGAGGUGUUGCUGAAGAGCGGCGCCGACGUGAAGGCGGUCGAUGGUGUGGGUCACGACGCGUUCCACUAUGCUCGACUCAGCAAAAACCAGGAGCUCCAUGCAAUGGUUAAAUGUUACCUGGACAAAGCGACCAGAGAUAAAGAGGCUGCAAAGCUGGAGCAGUGGAAGCGACAGGACCUGGAGAGGCAGAAUGAGACCCUGCAGGAGAGUCUCAGGAAGUACCACCAGGAGCAGAGAACCCUGUUAGACAAGGUCAACACACUACAGCAACAGAUCUCGCAGGAGAAAAUGGCUACAGAAGACACUCAAAAAGAGAAGGAACAUUCAAAGGUGCUACUCGGUGCAAAAGAGCGAGAGGAAGGUGCUCGAGGUCCAGAGACUGUCAAGGUCCAGCUCCGGAGUACUAUGGGGGACUACUCUGGGCAGUCUGUAAUCAAAGGCAAAGAAAACAUUUUAGUCAAACAACCGCACAGCAUGGAUUCUGAUCAGAAGGUCCAUAAUCAUGCCCUGGGGCGUUCACUGUCCAGACCUCUAGAAAAGAGUCAAUCAACUGUGGGAUGGGACGUCUCUGGUGAACUGGAUGCCCUUAGACAUGAACUGGAGGCAGUCAAAAGAAGACAACAUGCAGCAGAGGAAGAGACGGCGCGGCUUCAGUCUGCCUUGAACCGUAAAAACAGAGAGUGCCAAGAACUGGUUCAGAGUCGCGAUAUCAUCCAGAAACAGGCAGACCAGCAGGUUCAGGAGCUGGAGGAUGCCCUGGGAGAUGUCCAGAAGAGGAUGCUGGACUCGGAGUGCAAGGUCAAACAGCUGCAAGCCCAUGUAGUUGCUGUCAAGGAACACUUAGGAGGCCAGGUGAACGAAGAACUGCGCGUCCAGCUCCAGGAUAUCAAGGUCAAGUACGAGGGUGCUUCAGCUGAAGUGGGUCGCGUUCGUAACCGCCUCAAACAAAGUGAGAAGGCCCUGGAGGAGUACAAGUCCAGUGAGAGCCAGCUAGCAGCGGAGGUAGACCGGCUGAACCAAGAGCUUGGAGCUCUGACUGGAGAACGAGAUGAACUCGCUGAAACCUUUCUAGAAAUGCAAACCCAGUUGAAGGAGAGCCAGACUAAACGUGGCAACACGGUACCAGCCGAGAAAUUUGACAACAUGAAAAACCUGCUGUCUAAUGCAGUUGACGAGAAGGAGCGGCAGCUUGCAGAGCUGAGAGAAGACUAUGACCGUGUGCUGGAGGAGGUGGCAGAGCUUCAUCGGAAGCUGGACUGUCCAUCGUCACAGGGAGGACCAGCGGUGAUGUCUGCCGAGGAGCAAGAGCACAUACGGUCGGCGCUCGAGGAGCAAAAUGCUUCACUGAAAAGGAAACUCAUGGAUGUUACCACCAGAAGCCAGGCUCUCAUUGAAGAAGUCACGGAGAGUGAGGAGGAAAGAGACGUACUACGAGAUCAGCUGGACGAGCUCAGCAGCAGGAUCGAGACCGAAUUCAUAUCCAUAAAGGACCACGAUGAAGUUCGCAGGAACAUGGUGACUGCGUUGGAGGAGCUGGAGGACAAACUGGUGGAAGCAAGCGAACGUUACGGAAAAGCAGAGGGACAAGUCCAGCAGCUUCAAACCGAGAGGGCCACACUGCAGGAGAGCAUGAGGAGUGUCCAAACCGCCCGAGACAGACACCAGAGCGAAAUGGACACUCUGAGGUCUCAGAACGUCGACCUGAAGAAGAAACUUGAACUGCUCGAGAAGAGAUGUGAAGAAAGGGAUAAAGAGUGUGUGCAGCUGACCACGCAGAGCCAGACGCUGAAACAGAGCCUGCAGGGAGAGUAUGUUUCCAGACAGCAGCACGAGCAAGUGAAGAUGGAGUUAAGUUCCACCUUAGAAAGUGUUAAAGCCGACAAGUCAAAGUUGGAGACCAAGGAAAAGGAACGUGUGGAAGAACUGAAGAAUGUGAAAGAAGGAAAUGCCAAGUUGAAAGAAGAGUUGGAAAAAGUUCUGUUGGACAUUAAAACGUUUUAUAUAAGCACAAAAGACCACAAAGCUGCCACAGACAAACUGAACGCUGCUGUGGUCGAGGCAGAGAAGAGAACAAAAGAAUCAUCAGAUAUGUAUGUACUGGCCCAGGAGGAAACCGUAAAACUUACCCAAGAGCUGGAGGCCCAGAAGAAAGAACUUGAUACGAUACAGGAGGCUAUCCAGUCUAGAUUUAUUCCACUGACGGCGGCUGCGGAGAAAGAACACUCUUACAGUGCCCAAGUCAAGGAGUUGACAGCCAAGCUGUUGGAAAUGGAAGAGAAGCAUAGCAAAGAAAAGUGUGCUGGAGAGGGCAACAGGGAGGAGAAGGAGAAACUCAAAUAUGAGGUAGAAUCUCUUCAAAAGAGACUAGACACUGCCUUAGUUACCACUGAAAAGCACAAGAAAACGGAGGCAGAGUUUGUGUGUAAAUUUGAGGAAUUGACUCAGAAGUUGGCCAACUUGGAGCAACAGCACGAUGAGCUCAAUCACCAGAAAACCGAUCUUCAACAGCAGAAUGCCCUCUGCAAGUCUCAGAUCCAGAAUCUCCAGGAGCGUCUGAAAUCAGAGUUGACACGGAUAGCAACAUACGACACGGAGCUUAAAGCACUCAAUGAUGCUAUGCAGCAAGCCCAAGCCGACUGCAAGAAGGCAAGGGAGGCUCAGCAGGAGGAGGCCCAGAGGGUUUGCACACUACAGAAAGAACUGCAGGAGCGCCAUGGAGAUCAGGCGUCUCUGCUGCAGCAACACUCCAGGGCGAAGGAAGAGAUGGAGGCUAAAGUGGCUAAGCUUCAAAUGGCUCUCCGUGAAGAGGAGGAGAUCAACGCCCAGAGGGCCGAAGAUGUGUCCGCCCUGCAAUCUGAACUCCUUCAGGCCACACAGGCUCUGGAGGAGAUUCGCUUCAAGGAAGAACAGAUGAACCAGUUGAAGAAGGAGAAGCAGCAGCUCGAGGAGGAGGUUGCAGACAUGAGUAACAAGCUGCUGAGCUUAGGAGAAGAGUGCCAAGACGCCCGCCAUGAGACUAGACGAGCGAGGGAGGAUGAGAGCAAGGCGCGGACAGACAUGGAGAACCUCCAGGAGAAGGGACGUGCCAUUGAAAGAGAAAUUGGAGAAUUGAAAGAGAGAUAUGACGAGUCCCUGAGCACCAUCUGUGAUCUUCAGAGGAGGAUUCAGACAUCGGCUCAGCAGACCGAAACGAAAGACAAGAAGAUCACAGAGUUGCUGACGGACGUUGAGCGGUUGAAGCAGGCACUGAACGGUCUGUCCCAGCUGGCGUACACGAGCAACGCGCCCAACAAGAGGCAGACGCAGCACAUCGACACACUCCAAGCCCAGAUUAAAAGCCUUCAGCAACAGCUGGCUGAUGCUGAGAGGCAACACAGAGAGGUGGUUUCAAUUUAUCGAACUCAUCUUCUCAGUGCAGCACAGGGACACAUGGAUGAGGACGUCCAGGCCGCCUUACUACAGAUCAUCCGCAUGAGACAGGAGUUUGUGUGUUAAAGCUUCUGCCGACUCACUCUGUGUCCGUUUGCUGUGGCCCCUGUGGGUGCUCACCAUGUGUUUUUUGUCUUCCUGCAAAGUUUCCUCUCACAGGAAGUUCUGAAAAAUCAUUUUGUUCAAGUGUGGCUGGACUUGACAGUUCCCAAAUAUCUAACGCUGUGUUGUGGUCAAAGUCAUGCUUGACUUCAUCUGCCUCCUCUUUUAUGUAGAAACCUUUUCUACACACACGAUUCCAUACAUUUCUUUCAGAUCUUUCAUAGAUGAUCAGAUUUCCCUCGUGGAUUAAAACCCAUUAUGUUCAGUAAUUUGGAAGUUAUUUGAAGCGUGGGUCACCUCUCUCUCAGAUUACUUGAAUUGCUCGGCUGAAAUGUAAAACCAACAUGAACCCUUUUGAAGACCACUUUUCACAUUCCCACCUGGCAGUCAGCUCUCAUGCAGUGUUUUUUCUUUUUGUAUUUAACAGCAAUUUGUAACAGAAUUUUUAAAGGGAUAGGUUCACAUUUUCUUUAAUUGCUAAAACGCAGUGCGCAAAUUUGAAUGAGUUAUUCGCUGCGGUUAUUAUUAUAAUUAUUGUAAUAAUAAUAAUAAUAAUAAUAAUAAUUCCUUGUGUUCAUACUAGCACUGAAGGAAAUGAAUGAAGUGUAGACUUUGUAGUUUACUCUGCUGGCAUCAACUUGACGUUGUCAUAGAGCAGUCCAAGUUUAUGUUUUUUAUAACAAAAUAAUGUAACCCGGUGUAGGGUUUUCUUUACAGGUUGACCUUCAGUUGCUUUAAGAAGGCAGUUAGUUUUUUUGCUUUGAUAUCUGCCAUUUUCACUUUCACAAAAACAACUGUUCUCAAGUCGCUCAGAUUUUGCUGAGUCAUCGUAUCAGCAGGGUGCAGUGGGUUGACCGCUCCAGCUUCUCUUCAGAGCUCCAAAAACACAACCCUGCAAAUGUCGUGGAUCGUAUUGUCCCGUAUCAACAAAUGAUAAACUUCAGUGUAAAACAAUUGUGAUGAAGGAAAAUGUGAAUCUAUCUUUUAACGCUCGUUCAUGUCAGUUCAAACAUUUCAGCUUCUUUCUUGAGCCGUUUCAGUCGGACCCUCAUUUUCUUCCGGAGGUCCAAACCCUCGUGUUCUUUCUCCAUCAUCCAAAUACCAAAGACCUGAAGUUAAUGCAAAUCUAAAAAAAAAUAAUAAUAAUUAUCAACCAAACCCGUCAUUGUGGUUGAUGGUUUUGAGCAGUUUUGUGGUAGAUUUGGAAGAGAGUGUGGUGGUGUGUGUGGUUGGUUGUGCUGGAUUUGAGUCAUGGAGAUUUUGCAGAGUCUCUUGCUGUGUCCUACAGGUUGCAGUGGCACGUUGUCCUUUUUUUUUUUUUUUUUUUUUUUUUUUUUUUUGAAACCAGAGUGUCCUCUAGUGGUAAGACUUGGCAGGCCAAGUUGAUAGAUAAUUGUAAUAACCAGUGCAGAGCCCGCGGGGUAGGCAUUUUGUGUGUGUGUGUGUGUUUGGAAGCUGUGAUAUCUGCACACUCGUGCUCAACACUGGGGAAAUGAUAAUAUGAAUCUGAAUUGUGGAGGUAAAACUAAUGAAAAUACUAAUAUUUAAUGCAGUGAAGUUGAUUGGCAGCAGAAUUCCUCUUUUCUAAAUUGUGAAGGAGCGGAUGUGCAGCUCUCCUACAGCGACGUGUGUGUACCUUUGUGACUCCUCAUGGUGUAGUGUCGUGGCGUUGUGAUUGUCGAGCGAGUCUCCUCGCGCCUUUACACUGAUUAUAUUUUUCAUAGCUUUGUACUGUAAAUGACAAACUACAGUGUGACAAUUGUGAUAAUUCAGCAGGUCUGGAAGUAGAGCGGCACAGGACGCGUUCAGGGUGAUAUUUACUGUAGGAACAGAACAGAUCUGUAGUUAUGUGGAUAAUAGACUUCCUCCUUAACAGAUAGUUACAUGAAGCACUCCCGCCUUUCUCCUUCAGCUAACUCUCUUUUGCCAAGUAAUAUUUCACGAUCUCUGUUUUUACAAGCCAAAAAAAGAAUGUGUUUACACCAACAGAUUAAUGAAAUUAAUCUUGUUAUUGCAUUUUUAUUACGCAGGCUUCAGAGAGCGACACUAAUUCCUUUAGGUGUUUCCUUCUGUCCUCCCACGUCUGGUCAGUGUAAACUAUAGAUUUAAUCCAGUUAAAAACAUACUUAACAGUUUAAAUUGGUUGUUUCCUUUGGUAACAUCAUUUGUGUUUGUGAGUCAAUAAUAGAAAAUCAAUAAAAAGUGCCUAACAUAGAAAACUA